UUAAUAUUUUUUAUGUUUUUAUUACAUUCUGGUAUUGAUCACUCACUUCUUUGUCUCUCUAUUUCUGUGUUUACACCCAACAGGUGCGCAUGUAACUCUUUUUCCUUUUGCACCGCUUAACAAAUCGCAAUAAAAGGCGUGUCCCUUGGGCUUCAUCAUUUGCCCAAUCUCCUACGCUGUUUUGGAUCUAAUGGCUUUACUCUUGACGGUUCCGAAAUGAAACACAAUUGGUAAGGUUGGUUUGAAGAUCAUGUCAAAUAUACCCACAUCCCUCUCUGAGAUUUGCCUCACCCAAUUUCGCCUUGCCAUGUCCAUAGCAGACCCAUGGCCCUUCUCAUGAACCCCACCGCACACUACCACCACACACUUCUCUUAGCUUCCAUUGCCAUACCCAACAGUGCUUCUCUCUCUUAAUUCACUCGCCCAACUUUAUAUAUGCUUCAAAACUUUUAUGUUGACACGUAAUUUACGUAUUUUUAGUGAGCUUACGUCGACAGAUACAUGUACAAGAUUCGGGGAUUCAAGCUGAGGAAGCGCCUGAUCCGGAUCUCCAGAUGGGUCACAAGGAAGAUCCAGAUCCGAAACCGACUUCGGUACCAUCGGCUGGGUGGUCGUCCUCAAUCGCCGGCGAAAAGGCCCAUCACGAAGCUCCUCACGUGGGGUCGGAAGCUGAAGGCAAGUGCCAAGUCCUUCCUGACAGUGAGAGGUGGGUCGGGUUAUGCCCAUAUGGGAUCCGAGCCGGACCAAGGUGUACCCAAAGGGUUCUUAGCCGUGUAUGUAGGGCAGAAGAACGGUGAGUUACACCGCGUUCUGGUGCCGGUAAUAUACUUCAACCACCCUUUGUUUGGGGAAUUGCUGAAGGAAGCAGAGGAGGAGUUCGGGUUCAACCACCCUGGAGGAAUCACCAUUCCGUGCCGGUUCACCGAGUUUGAACGGGUCAAGACCCGAAUCGCAUCCGGAUCCUGUAGAAGCCAACGUCGAUGAUUCGUUCGCUUGGCGCUGAGGUCAUACUCCUUCACCCCGUCACGUAACUGAAAAAACCAAAAUUGCUUUCUAGGAAUUUUUUGCGUCGUUAGUUUUUUCACCUCUUGUUUCCAAUUCUAAUUUUUGAGGUAAGUUUUUGUUAUGUUUCCUAUUUUGCAAAUGCUGUAAUGGUGUGUAUAUUAUAUAUUAAAUACAAGAUUUUUAACUGAACUGUGACGCUGAUUUAGGUACAUAAGUAAUAACAAUUUUAAAAUAUUAAUUUU